AUAAAUAUUUGUCCCUUUUCUCUAAUGGUAAUAUUGAAAAAUGCUGACAACUGAAAAACAGAAAAAGAUGUCAAUGUCAACUUCAGACUUCAGCUCGAAGAAAGAAAAUUAUGUUAAUUAAUUAUGGAAUUUACGUCAUUUCUUAUGCUUCUUUGACCCCAUUUUUCGUGCGUGGUUAAUACAGAAAGAAAACUAGUUUAAAAAAGAAUUCGAAACAAUGCAACCGCCCGAUACAAAAAGUGCGAAACCCGAAGAGGAGCCUGAAGAAGGCGAAAUCUUGUCGGACGAUCUGGAAGACAUUUCCGACGAUUCGAUAAUUUGUGCCCCCAUCCAUAACGGUAAGUCCCUUUCUCCCACAGAUCACUUACAAGAUUUGUCUUUAAGUAGUGUCACGGAGCAUGAAGAUUUCGUGCUCGAGGAGGAGCCCCCGCGGAAGAAACGAAGGACUUGCAUUCGCAAACGUAACAUGCAUCGUCACAAGCGAACCCGAAGAAAAACCAUGGAUUCCGAGUCCAGCGAUGACGAUAAUGAGCUGAAUAGCACGUUUAAAUACCAGCUAAAAGCUGCUAUUCGAGUGGAAGUUGAUGAUGCUCAAAAAAACACCUUGUUAGAACGACUACGACCCAUGAUAAAAAAAUCUAACCCGGCAGAUGAUGAUGUUCCUUCAGAAAUUAAGUCUGAUAUUUUAAUAUCAAGUGAUGAGAAACUUGAAGAAGUAAGAAUUAGUGAGAACUCUAAUAGUUCUGAUAUACAGAUUAUACCUGAACCAUCUCCGAAAAAAGAUGAUGAUAACGAUAAUGAACUGAUACAUUUAAGAAUUGCGGCUCUUAAAACAGCAAUCACGAAUAAAGUAGCUAAAGGAAAAAUGCGAAAAAAAGAGGAAAAUAAAGAAAACACCGAUAUAAACAAUGAAGAAAUACAACCGAGUGAGACUGCUGUUAGUGACGUUAAUAGUGAUACCCCCAUGUCACCUAGCACUGUUAGUGAUACACCCCAUGUUAUCCCACCUUCACCCGAAGAGGACGAAGAUGUUUUAAGAGCGCUAUUACUAGCUUCCAUGUCCAAUAAAAUAACUAACGUUCCAGCUGAACUACCCAAGUCAGUUUUGCCAAAAGUACAAGCACAGUUAAACAAUAAUAGGACUAGUAAGCUAUUAAAUAAUAAUCUUAAAACUAAGAGUGUUAGUAAUUUUAAGGUUAAUAAUGUUAAAAGUGUCGCUAGCCUAGUUGGAAUCCCCCAAGUUAAACCGCUUAUUAUUAAGGUUGAUUCUGAGUCAGACUCGGACAUGGACAUUAGCAGUGGUAGCCCCGAGAAACCUACACCAGAUAGUACACCAAAAGAAGAUGAAAUUGUUACAGAGGUUAAUAAUAAAAUACAAACUACGGUAGAACAAUUUCUUAAAGAACAAAGAGCUAAGGUUGAGUCUGAAAUAAAAUCUACUGAAAACGAAGAAAAAGAUUCGAAAUCUACAGAUUUACCUAAAAUUUCUGAAGGUUUAAAGAGGGCUAAUAAUCAAAAAGAAAUAACAACUAAUAAUAAUGUUAAUAAAGUCAAGAAAAUCAUCUUUGCACCACAAAGCAACAAUUUAGUUCAAAAAAAGGACGUUCCAGUUACUAAAAAAAAAUUAGACAAGUCAGCCUUAAAACUGUUACCAGCAAACAAGCAAGAAGAAUACAGAAAGCUUCUGUUGAAACUUCAGAAAGCAGAAACCCUUAAAAAGCCUCGUGUAAGGAAGGUUUCUCAAAAAAUUACUGCUGUGAUAAAUAAAAGUAUUAAUGAGGGUCUAAAUAACUGUGCUUCUGGGAUUUUGAAUAAGGUUUCUGUAGUACCAGCAAUGCUUCUCAAUAAAGUGAAGUUUGUGACGAAUAAAUCGGUGAAUAAUGUUGCUUCUGCUGUGGCGAAUUGUCAGAAGAAUGAAGGGGGCAAUGUGGAGACCAAGGGGCCAGAUAAGAAGGCUGAGACUCUGUUGCUUCAUAAUACACUGAAAGCGAUUCAAGUCAGGAAAGACGGCAGAUUACAGAUCCAAGACAAGUACAAGUUGCUUCGUCCUCUCGUUAAAAAGGUGAACGACGUGAGCAAAGAACAGAAACACUGGGGCCAGGAGGUAAAGAAGCUUCAGGAGCAGCUGCUGGAGGCCGAGAACAAAUAUCGGGAGGCCCAAAAAAAUGUAGGGAGCUGCAUCAAGGACUUGGUUAAUAGGAAACUUAAAAUUGAUAGGAGUCUAGCACAAAAACCGGCAGACAGAUGGAUCACUUCAACUCCCAUAAAACCAAACUUAGUACCGAAACCACCUUCGCUAGAGAUAAGUUCCGUUCCUGGAGUACCACUAGAAUCCGAUGUUACACCAAAAACCCCUAACCAACCCUCUACAGUUGGUACUAUGGAAAAAGAAACAAUCAUUGAAGAAAUAGACAAAAUUCUUGCCGAAACCAAAGACAAAGAUCUUCCACAAACCAAACCAGUUGAAAAUAAUAAAUCGGCUGAGAACCAUGACAUAACGAUCGUUCGCGAUCCCAAUGACGUAGAUGACGUCAUCAGGAAAACGAAACAGCAACUGGCGGAAAUGGAUAUUAAGAGAGAUAUCAUGUUGAAGAAGUCUGAAAAAAUGAAAUAUGUCUCGCCUUUGGAUGUUAUAAAAAGAACGCAAACUUUAGAUCCCUACGUUGAAAUGUGUCCCUACGAAGUAUAUGGAACCUGUAAAGACGCUGAAUGUUUUUACAAUCAUCUUCCGAAAUAAAGUGAUUU